CUCAGUUACCAGCCUCACCGAGAACACGCACGCUGGAGUUUGACUAAACAGAAAGUGAGAAGCAACUCUGAAGACUGAAAGAUUUCGGACUGAAAACAAGGAAUAACACAACACACAGAACACAACAUAGAGGGACCACGAAAAAGAAACAAAAUUCUGAGUUUUGAGCGAUGCGCUGCUGGCAGCAUGGCCAGAUGGUUCAAGGAGCACCUGGGAUUCAAAAGCACCAAAGCCUCGCCACCGGCGCCGCCGAAGCCGGACUACCGUCACUGCCACGCCGGCGCUGUGUCAGGGCCACCUGGCUACCACCACCACCACCAACCCGGCUACCAGAGCGCCGCGCAGCCGGACAUUCUCGCCGCCUACAAGCUCCAAAAGGAGCUGGACUUCGAGGACCCGUACACGGCCGGAGGAAGCAUUCCCUUCUCUGGAGGAGGAUCGAGCUCCGUGGGCUCCUCGCCGGACGUCAAGUAUGUGUCGCCCAAACACCGGCUCAUUAAGGUGGAGACGGUGGAGAGGAGCACCGCGGUGCCCCAGACAGCGGCUGCUGCUGUCUCUGUGACCGGGGGCCAGGCACCCGCAGCCGGCAGCAGCAGCAAGUCCCCCACGUCCCCUCCGGCCGAGGCGGAGAGCAAGCAGGAGAAGGUGGUCAUCCUGGAGGACUACGCUGACCCUUUUGACGCAGCGGAUCAGGGAGGGGCCACCCAAAGCAGCACAGAGAAGCCAGUGGAGAACGAUGGCUACAUGGAACCGUACGAGGCUCAGAAAAUGAUGGCUGAGAUCCGAGGAGGUCGCUGUCCAAAGGACGGUCCAGUUCGGCAGCUGCCGUUGUAUGACACUCCGUAUGAGCCUGCGGAAAACGGGGGGGAUUCGGACCCAGAGAAAGGCCGCUGUGGGCGCGAGAGCAGACUGCCCCAGGAUGACGAAAGGCCACCAGAGGAGUAUGACCAACCCUGGGAGUGGAAGAAAGACCGUAUUUCCAAAGCCUUUGCAGUAGAGAUUAAAGUGAUAAAGGACCUGCCGUGGCCCCCUCCUGUUGGCCAGCUCAACACCACUUCCCCAUUGGUGGAGGCAGCAGAGGCUCCGCCCCCUCAGCCAUCCCAGCCCUCCCCUGGACAGAGCAGCUCAGCCACAGCCUGCAGUGACCAGCACCACCAGGUCCAGUUUGAGGGUGUGGACAAGUGCAGGAUGUCUCCCACUAAAGAGGGCAAAUCACGGCCCCCUCAACGCCACUCCAGCGGCUGCCUGGUCAACACCAAGAUGAGCUCAGUGGAGCACUGUGGGACGCUGGGAGAGCGCAUUGACCCCACCAUGCCCCUGGAGAGUCAGUUCUGGUAUCAUGGAGCGAUCAGUCGGACAGACGCCGAGUCAUUGUUGAGGUUAUGUAAAGAGGCCAGUUACCUCGUGAGAAACAGCGAGACCAGCAAGAACGACUUCUCCCUCUCGCUCAAGAGCAGCCAAGGUUUCAUGCAUAUGAAGCUGUCGCGAACCAAAGACAAUAAGUACAUCCUGGGCCAGAACAGUUGUCUGUUCGACAGCGUGCCAGAAAUCGUCCACUUUUACUCCAGCCGCAAGCUGCCAAUCAAAGGAGCCGAGCAUAUGUCCCUCCUCUACCCUGUGGCCAUACGGACACUAUAGCCUGCUGGUAACACUUCAUCACAGAACGAAUGACAUAGCCAUUUAAAAAUGCUGUGUAGAUGCCCUUGAACAUGUUAUUUGGCCUGAAACAGAUGGAUAUAGUCUUUCAUUGCAACAGCCAGUCUUGCACCAUUGUACAUAAUGAGUUUGUUGAAAUAGAUGCCUUGACUGAUGUUGACAGAUUAUGUGGUGUUCUUGAAGUCUUUAUGAAUGGCUACUUGUACACAGUGCUACUGUAAUACUACAGCAAAACAGGUGAAAGCUAGACGUCUUCACAGGCCAAGAUGUUCCUCACUUUGGUGAGACGUCCUAUGUCUGGGUCCCCUCAGCUCAGUGGACUAUGGAACCAACAAACACUGACCACAGAGCAGACUAAUAUGGCUAAUUAGCACCUUUUGUCUGCUCAAAUCUCUGUCUAAUCUCAGAACUGUUACUUCUCCCUCUCUUCUCACAUUGCCUGUUCACAUGGACCUAUAGCCCCCAACCUUAGACCUGCACCCACACUUUAGCCUCAUUGAUUGUCCUCUUUUCCAGCAUCAUACACACUGUAAUAAAAAAUCAUGCAAAACCAUUGUGGAAUGGCCACUCCUGAAUGACAUGAACUGAAGGGGUGCAAUACAUUUGUAGUACCAGUGUACUUUUCAUAAUGCUAGCCACCAUCCAGGUCACAAAAUUAACGUAAUGACAUAAAUUUCAGUGACCGUUACCUUGAUCAAGAGUCUGGCACUGCUGAUUUCCAGAGUGAGUGUAAAAAAAGUUCAGCUGUUUUUAAUGCUGACACACAUUCACAGUACCAACCCACAGUGUUUGGGGGCAUGUUGACCUCUGGAAGGGCCCUUUGUAUAACAGUACUGAAGCUUCAAAAUUGGGCGAAACUCUCAUUUAGCGGUCAUUUCUAAAUUGCAAACUACACCAAAAUGGAAGAUUUUUUCUUAUUGCCUAUUUUUGGCCCACUUUGAUUACAAAUAUUUCUCAAUAGAACAUGAACUGGAAAUGUUACUGGAUGUUUUUUGGCAUUGUCCACGUGUAUCCAGAUAUCCUUUGUAUCAAGAAAAUCUCUUUGUCCACAUGAGAAUGAAAAAAUGACUCAAAUGCAUGCUGGCCCAGCAGGGUGUGAUAAUACAUCAUAAAUAACUGAUGUCAAACACUUCAAGAAGAACAUGGUGAGUCCCUUUAGAGCACCUGAACACAGUAGAUUUUGAUGCCUACACACAACAGUGUAAGGAAAAUGGAGAGUAAAAUUCAAUAUAAAGGCGUUAAGAAAAACCUCAAAAUGCCAGGCACAGAGGGACAGCCAGUCGUCAGCCAAGACAGCAACAACCAACAAGCAAACUCAUUUCUGAAUGUCAAAUUUCAAAAACUUUCAGUGACCAAAAAAGAUGUUUUCUUUUAUAGACAGGAGGCCAAAGUGCAGAGGAGAAAAAAUCCAUUUUUAAUGAAAAAUAUCUGGAUAUAUGGGUACGGGGUACUUCGUCUUGAUGAAACCACAUUAAUCUCUAGUGCUGAUGCCUGAGAAUCCACCACUCUGAUUAUCUGGACAUCCUGAUAAGAUUCUUAUUGUGUAAUUGUCAUCCAUAUAAUGAGUUCUAAACUGGUGAUGAUGAAGAAUAUCAUAAUUGGUAUUUCAUCAUGAAAUGACAGAACAGAAUCCAACUGAAUUAAUGCAGUGUCCUUCAUUCUGAGCAAGAGAAUGCAAAUUAUUGAAGUGUCUUCAUUUGCUCUGAAAGGAACAUUCUCUUCUGAUCUGUCAAAAUUGAGAUUGUGUGAUUGUGUAUUGAGCAACCAAGCACACAUCACUGGUUGAAUGCACUUGGACAGGGCCAAGAUUCCAGAUAAUGUAGAACAUAUUUGACCCAAGUCGUCCUGUAAUGAUAAAGAGGACCUGAACUGCCUUGUGUGGCCCAGCGAAGCGUGAAAAAGGACCUUUUAGUAGUUUUCUAAAAAUGAGCCACUUUACAUUCAAUCCCCCGAGCUUAGGAUGCACUUGACUGGGGAGAAUGAAAUAUGUCUGCAUUGUCUACCUCAGAAAAAUCAAUUUAAUUCACCCAUCAGCCGAUCGAUAAGGUACAAUAAGAUUGCAGAUAUUGAUCCAGCUCCCUCCCUUCCUCUCAUCAAUUUCCACAAAAUUGUACCUGUGGUUUAAGAACAGUUGCUUUUUUUUUCUUGCCUAAACUCAAUCAAAAGUUGACGUGUACUUGUGUUCUCCAGAGGGUGUUUUAUGAACGUCAUUUGUAUGUAAAGUCACUCUGUACUCGUAUGUGAUGCCAGUGACAUACGUUUGGUUCAUGCCUUAUACUGUAAAUGCAUGGUGAAAAGCGAAUCAGUCCAGUAUGUCAAACUGAUUAUUUUUUUUCUUUUCCAAAACUCUGCUUUCAAUGAAUGUCCUGUGACUGUAAUUUAUUAUGGAGUAAUAAUGAUUAUUAAUAUCUGUGUUUUUACUCCCAGACAAGGUGACUGAGACUCUUAUGUUCUCUCUGUUCUGUUCUUUGCAUUUGUGUGUGUGUUUGUGUGUGAGGUAGAAUACUCAAUACACUUCUUAGGUGCUUGCGUGUGCUUGUAGUGCUGCUUCAUUUCAUUUCUGUUUGCUCAUGAAUGAUGGCAUGAAAGUAGCGACCUGAAGACCAAAUGCAAAGAAAGUAAUAAAUAGGAUAUAGACAGUACUGUGUGUGUGGACAUCAGUGACCACCGCUCAUUUAUUUCAUUUCCAGUCCAACUGGCUAUUAAGCACAAGUUUUCUUCUUCAGGCUUAAGAAACACAAUAACUAACUCUAACACAUUUUCAGAAUUUUCAGUCUUUGGUCCCAAUCCCUUUUCACCCUUUUCAGUGCUUACCCCUCUAUUUUGCACGAUCAAUCAGCAAGAUAAAAUCAGCAAGAUAGCUGCACAAGCAAACCAACAAACUUGCAAAUGAAUUUUCUCCGUAAAAAAUAACAAUAACCACUGUAUUAUCUCAGUUUAAUUUCGUUUCAAUGUUUUAUGGUCAUUUUCUUCAUAACAAGUAUAAAAAAAACUAGUAGGUUGCUGAUGUCUCAUUAGCUAGCCAGCUAAAUUUCCCGUUCCACCUUAAAUAUUGCAUUGCAUUUAAGAUCAAACGGGAUUGUUGUAACAAGAUGCUGGUGAAUAGCUUCAUAUCACUUAAGAUUUGGGGGCGGACAUUAAUAAUUAUCGCAUCGCUUCCUUUGCCUUUGCAGGCAUAUGAUUCCCUAAAUGUAACUAAAGCCCAGCAGUGAGGAGCUGAACUUGACCCUCCUCUGCUGUCACUGCAGACUGGCAAGCUCGCCUACAGAGCAGCGCUAGUAGCUGUUAAUGAAGUAAUGUUCUUUUUUUAUUUGAGGGUCCCUUUUCAUAGGGUCGAUUUCAACUUUGAAAACAUGGAAUAGGGGUAAAAUAAGUGGGUUUGGGACUUAGUGUGUCAACCCUUUGCUUUUUUUAACGGCUUACAUGACUUUACAGGACACAUGCUUUCGUUUCUCAAAGAAAUCUGCAGAAACAUAUUUUUUUCCAAAGCUCGGUCUUAGAAGUUGGUUGCAUUUUCUGCUUUUUAGUUUGUUUUUUUUUAGUUUCUGCUUUUUUGCAUUUUCUCCUUUUCUCAGUAACAGCUUCUUGACAUCUGCCCAUCCCUUAGGUUGAACAUUUUCUUUGGCUUUGAUUCAGAAAUAUAUGAUUUUUGAAACUUGGUUCCCACCCUCUCCCCACCUGCCUCCAGUGCUGAAUGGUGAAUGACUUGUACCUAAUAGCCAUUUUGACUUGCAUAGUACUGUAACAUCAUUACACUAUGAACAUAAUUUUGUCUUUAGAUACAUAGUUGGGAGCACUUGUGUUGAUUUAUAUACGCUUCAUGUGGAAACGACGUACACAUUUAAAUUAUUGAAAAAAGCAGUGUUUUUGUUAAUGGCUUUUUUUUUAAACACCUUAUGGUCUUCUGAGUGAGUGUUCCAUAGAGAUGAUAAUGCACAGCCUGAUUGUGGUACAGACAUAAAGUCAGAUUAUGCAAUGGCUUUGCCCAUGAUUCUGCCUUUGUUGCCUGAGAGUAAGCCUCUUAUGGAAAGGCUUGGUUUGCCUUUAUUGAUAGUAAAGUCUUUCAGAUGUAAAAAUGAUGAGGCUGAAAUGGAUGAUGCUAAUUAAAAUUAUCUUUAAACCCUUUUCAUAGACCCUCUGUAUAGUUUAAACAGAACUACCUUCUGGUUGCUUAUGGCAGUCUUUUCUGAAAAUUGGUCCAGCUCCCCCAUGUACAGCUACAGUGGUACAGAAUGACCGGUCUGCCUCUGUUUUGAGCAGAAGCACUCCCCCAUCUCAAAUUACCCCUAAAUCCCCACAGACCUCAUGAAGAAGAGAAUCAGAUGGGUCUGGGUGUCUUUCCUGGACGAGUGCUUGUGCUGUAGCUGUGAGAGAGCCAGGGAGGCAGGUCAGGGAGACAAGCCUACUGUUUUUAGACAAGUCAGUGGCUGUCCAUCAGGCCUUUAAGUCUCGCAAGGGAAAUGGAAGGACUGUUGUGUUUGCUAGAACAGAGAGAAUUUGUGCUUUUGAAUUAUUAAAAAGGAGCGUGUUUAGUGUUUGUGUGCAAGAGGCCUGUGUGCCAUUGAUGAAAUGAGUUCUGAAUGUAUAUCAAAGGAAUACAGUAAUGCUUUUCAACCUAAUCUCAGUCAGCCAUGUCUGUAUCACUCCAUCUAUUACAAAUAUCUAAAUAAAUGGGCAAGGGGCACUUUAUGGAAUGAUCAAUAAUUUAUGGUGCCUCUUGACAUGUUAGUUCUUUUAAUUAGCAUUUCAUUCCCUCUAACAGAACUCCACAGCAAUUAGCAACAACAUUUAGAAGAUUAGGCCUGAUCUUAACACCCAUCACCACAGCGUGUCAAGUUAGCUUAGAAGUUCUGUUUCUGGUGGAGUAGAUGGCAGUGCUGCUUUAAGUCUUAUUUUUACCUUUUCUUUAAUUAAAUAUCAGUCCGUCCCCAAAGAUUAUGUCCCACUUUUCAGUUAUAUUAACUUCAAAACUCUCUAGAGUACACAGGGUUGCCAGGUCCAGCAAAAAGAUCCUACCCUAACAUAUGCUUAAAAGCUGUGUUCAAGAAGCUGAAACUUUGUCAUGUUUUCUCAUGCCUGCAUUUUUUAAACUAACCCCAAGCUGGCAGGAAAAUCACAGACCUGGCCACCCUGAUGGCCAUUAUGCACACUGUACCAAACAUUCCAAAGCAUAACCAAUGAGGAGUGAAAGCAUUGCAGCUCUACAUAACCACCUCCUCUGUGGAUGUGCGUGCCCUGCCUCAUCAUAAAUUGAUGAAAGACGAAAGGAUAAGAUGAAAGGAUUGAUGAGAGAUCUUAAGUGAUAUCACAUUAAUUCAGGGGGGGGGGGGUGGAAAGGAGGGUGGUCUUUUACAAGAGGGGAUGGUUUUUGUCUCUGCAUGUUUUAUUCCAUGAAGAAAUUAUUUGAAAUGUGUGACUAUCACAAAUUCAAAACUACAUCUGUGCUAAGAUAAAAAUUAAAUGUUUAUUUGUCCAAAAAAAUGAAAAAAAAAAAACGCUCCCAGUUAAUGGCAGAUAUAAUAGCAGUAGGAUAGUAAAGUAGAUUCGCUUAACACCGGUCAUCCAACAUGAAAGUAGUUGCACUGCCCUGCGGGAACUACCUUCAAGUUGUUUAAUUUUCAUUCUCCUUCUAAUUAGGGAAAAACUAUAGAUUACAGUAGUCCUGUUUUGAACGUAAAGAUGAAGGAAUUGCAAGUUGUGCCUGACGUAUUACGUUAUUAGCCAUUGCAAAUCCGUACCAAGUUAAAAGCAAAUAUACCAUCGGUAGUCACUCAAAUUACAGCACCUUCUGGAGAUAAACUAAUCCAACUCAAAUAGGGUUUUAGAAUGAAAGUUACUGAAGCUGUUCUUAUCCAACUGUUGGACGCUGGAAAAAAGCAGUUCCAGUCCCAUUCCACAUAAACAUGCACGUUUAGUUAAGACCCUGUGAAAACUCCACCUGUUUCCACAAGUAUUACACCAUUCUUCCCUCUAGAAAACUAGACCCUCCAAAAGAAUACAUUAUGCAGAUUUACAACUUGAUUUCUACAUAUAUUUGGCUGAAGACUUGUUGUCUUGGUGUUCCGCGUAAGCAUGCUUUGAAUAAAUGCUUAUUGAUGGAAUUCAUCAAGUGCCCAAAGGUUUCUAUCACAAGUGAGUUCUGAGUCAGCAGGUUUUCUGUUCUUUACAGGCAAAUGCUUUUUAUCCAUGAUAAUCCACCGUAAGCAGUAGAUAAAGUAGAAGGACAUUAGGUUGAAAAACACUGCACUGUUCCUUUAACAGGAAAUAAUUUUUUACAUAAAGGUCCCUAACCUGAAUUGAACUUGCUGCUGAGCGAGCGAUGCUUCGGGGUUGAGGCGUGUUCAGGUAUAUGAUGAAGCAGAGGAUUGUAAAGUAACUGUAUGAGCUCCUUGUGGAGAGGAGAGAUGAGAGUAAAAUGGUCCGAGAGCAGAAGCCGUAGUGUUCAAGUGGAUCGAAGUAUGGUGAAAAGAAUGGAGACAACUGAAGAGGUGAGGGGAAAACGAGACAGAAGAGAAGAGAAUAGGUGCGUUAGAGAAGAAAGGAGAUAAAUGAGGAAUGGAGGAUGAUUUUCUCUCAUUCUAUCCUGGCAUCUGCUUUGGCGUCUCCCUCUCUGUAGACAACUGUUACUCUAAUGUGUGUGAGUGAGAAUAAGUAUGGGUGAUGUAGCUUCACUCAGUUCUCUUUUUUUUUUCUUUUGGCUUCUCUGUUGGCAUGUGUGUUCGUGUGAGUGUGAUUGUGAGCGCAUCUGUGCUGGAUGAUACACGGUUGCCUCAGGCGAGUCACUUUACGUGGAGCUAUUGAGUGCAGCGAUGGUGUGUUGGUGUAAGUUUCCUCCUGUGUAUGCACUAAUAGAACAUUUCUGUACAGUCUCUCUUGGCCAAAUGUAUAUACUGAAUGUAUUGAACGGGGUGUGGAGGCAUUGAGGUUCAAAGAAAUAAAGUAGAGUUUAUGGGUCUAA